GCGUGCGUGCGUGUGUCCGACGACAUUGACGGGAACACGCACGUAGCUGUCAGUAGGAAAUGCAGGCUGCGGGUGUUGGAUGUACCCGUGCCCCUGUGCUUGGAUAAAUUAAACAAAGAAAGUCUUUUUUCUGUUUCAGAAUGAAACUGUUACUUUGAAGCUUGUCUGGAUUUGGUGAGAAUGGUCGCGGCAGGUCCGAGUGUCUGACCGAUGCAGUCAGCUAGCUGGCUAGGCUAACAGAAACAGCUAAUGCUAACACUCACGUUAGCCUGAUAAAGCUAACGGAGCUAGCUGUCUCGCCGAGUGCAGGACGUGUUUGCUCUUCCAGGUCCUCACCCAGCUCAGCGGUUCCUGCCCCGGCUCUCUCUCUCUCUUUUUCCGUGUUUUCAUUUUACGGAGGAGGUUGCGGAACCGGAGCUGUGGCGGGGGGACGUGCGGAUUGGAAACCCCUGGCUCUCCAGGCGGACGGAUCACAGUGACACGCCGGUCGUGGGAGAGAUCAGAGUGGAAUCAUGGCUGAGCUCUCCACCCUGUCCCCAUCACCACCUGCACUGGGUGAUCCUCAUGCAGCUCCAACAAUCCCGGCGUCCUCUUCAGCACCACCUGCUCCCAACCUCCCUGUUCCAGAGUCUGCCAGGGAGAUACCCAUACCCAAGUCUUCCAUCUACCACGACAAAGCUUUGACUGGAAACCUUUCUGCAGCACAGUCAGGGGGUGCAUCUUUGACUCUCAACCCAAACUCGAGUCCUUCCAAACUCACUGAGAACCCCCUCACAUUAUUGGUACAUGAUCCUGCUCCACAGAGUGAGGACUCAGUAGGGAAAGAUGCAGAGACUGGUGCUCAUGUUAUUAAGAAUGACACAGUGACCAGUGACCCUGCAGCUGCAGAGCUCUUGAAUACUGAAACAGAGACCCCAGCACUGUCAAGUGAGCCUUCAGCUCAGGGCGGAAAUCAAGUGGCAUCCCCCUCUCCUGAGCUCAAUCCUGGUCCCAAUCUCUACCCCAAUGUGCAUGUCACCCACAAUCCAAAUCCUGUCAUGGAUGAUGUUCAAUUUACAGCAGACCAAGCCGCUGCCACCUCAAAUCCCACAUCUGCACCCCCAGCAUCCACCGAUGCCGCCGCAUCAGCAAUGGCUGAAGAGGAGAAACCUCAGCCACUUCAAGAAGCACAAAACCCUCAAAGUCAGCCUCCUCCUGUCUCCCCAAAGCCUGCCAUGCCCAGUGAAGCAAGAGAAGCAGAGCUGCCCAGCACCCCUACCAGAGCCGAACACCCCAGCCCAACUGUCCCACUGAUCCACGAGCCAGCCUUCCCACUGCCCAACUCCAACCGGCCAGCCCCUGACACCCUCAGCUACCUGGAGUCAGCCAGCCUGAUGUCGGGGACGCUGGAGUCUCUGUCUGGGCUGGGAGAAGAUGGCAGCUCUGUGGGUUCAGACUCAGAGAUCAAUGGCCUCGCUGUCAGACGCACUGAUAAAUAUGGCUUCCUAGGUGGGAAUCAGUACAGCGAUAGCGGUGAAAAGGAAGUUCGAGUUGAAGUUGCCAGACAGAGGGAGGUAAAAUGGCUUGACAUGUUUCACCACUGGGAUAAGUGGAUCAAACAUCGCUUCCAGAAGGUGAAAUUGCGCUGCAGAAAAGGGAUUCCGUCUUCUCUCAGAUCCAAAGCGUGGCAGCUGCUGUCCAACAGCCAAGAGCUCCUAGAAGCCAACCCUGGAAAAUUUGACGAGCUAGAGAGAGAGCAGGGAGAAGCUAAAUGGCUGGACAUUAUAGAGAAGGAUCUCCACAGACAGUUCCCCUUUCAUGAGAUGUUUGCUGCUCGUGGUGGCCAUGGGCAACAGGAUCUCUACCGGAUCCUGAAGGCCUACACCAUCUACCGGCCGGAUGAGGGCUACUGCCAGGCCCAGGCUCCAGUGGCUGCAGUGCUGCUAAUGCAUAUGCCUGCUGAGCAAGCUUUUUGGUGCCUCGUCCAGAUAUGCGAGAAGUAUCUCCCAGGUUACUACAGCGCUGGACUGGAAGCGAUCCAGCUGGAUGGCGAGAUCUUCUUCUCCCUCUUACGGCGUACGUGCCCGAUGGCGUACCGUCAUCUUAAGAAGUUCAAGAUUGAUCCGAUUCUCUACAUGACUGAGUGGUUCAUGUGUAUCUUCUCACGCACCUUACCUUGGGCCUGUGUGCUGCGUGUGUGGGACAUGUUCUUCUGUGAAGGGGUGAAGAUAGUGUUUCGUGUGGGUCUGGUACUACUAAAACAAAUGCUUGGCUCUGUGGAUAAACUUCGGGAACUACAGGGCAUGUAUGAGACCAUGGAACGUCUAAGGAACAUCUCACCUGACACUAUCAGAGAGGACAUAUUAGUACAGGAGAUUGUCACCCUCCCAGUCACAGAGGCUCUCAUCGAGAGGGAGUGCAGCAUCCAAGUUAAGAAGUGGAGGGAGUCCAGAGGGGAGCUGACACACCAACCAGGCCGUCGCCUUCAUGGCACAAGGGCCAUCUUUGAGUACAAACGCCGUGCUGCCGCGAUCAGCUCCGGCGGCAGCUUCUCUUUCCUGGGUAGCUCCAUCCCUCCACCAGGACCUCUCAGGGCCUCUUCUAGCCUGCUCUCACUCCCUGGCUUCCGCAAGUCCAAGGCUCCUUUCCAAACCAAGAAGGGCUCCUUCUCAGGGCCAUCAGGAAUGGAGUACAUGUCACCUCAUUCCCCACCUGCAGUAACAUCAAGCCCAGGACGUGGCCCUAACCAUAAACCACCCAUUCCUCCAGGGGCAGGCCAGAAGGGACAGGCACCCCAUGUUCAAAGCCCCUUAGUUGGGGGUGAAGCUAGCUCAUCACGCGGGCCUGCUCAGCCCUCAGAAGACACCUCAGCACAGGGCCCGCCUACUGCUUCAGCCCCAGUACAAAGCACGGCACCACCACCCAACACUUUAGCACCCUCCCCUAAGAUUGUCUCUGAGCAGAUUACUCCUACCAUCCCCUCUCCUACUGCAAACAACGCCCCUCUGCCGCCUUGCCCAGAUUCAAAAAAAGAAGCUGCGCCCGCAGCGGAUGCCGUGGCUGUAGAGGAAGAGGUAAAGAAGAAGAAGAAGAGCAAAGAAGACAAGAGGAAGGAAAAGGAAGACGAGAAGAAAAAAAUGAAGGAAAAGAAAGAAAAGGAAAAGGCUGAAAAAGAGAGGCUCAGGAAGGAGAAAGAGAGGCUAGAAAAAGAGAAGAAGAAAGGGGGGAAGAAAAAGGACAAAGGGGGCGGAGAAUUGGAGGACAAAAAUGGAGCCACAGCAGCGAGAGAUUCGGCCUAAUUUUCCACCCUGUCAUUCCAGGAUAAUGAAAAGGGAUGCUGAAAAAAAAUGGGAUGGCUUCCUCUAUAACGCAUCAUUUCAGAGACUAAAUGUAGUCUUAGGACUAUGGUGGAGAAAACUGGAUCAUGGUUUUAAUAGCACCUCGGGGGGCUUUUUGCUCUUCAGUCAAUGCUUUCUUUUUCACUGAGUUUUAGUAAGAUGGGACAAAUUUCCUUUUUCAACUGGAGCAUGGGCUGUGAAUCUGAUUAUAGUCAUUACUCCUUUAGUUUUUACACUUUGUUUUCAUUUUUAUUGUUUUAAUCAGAUUGAUGGCAGUGGUUAGAUAAACAUCGGGACUGUUGAACUGAAGGUUUGUGGAAAUAGUAAUGGUGCCAUAGUGUAUGUAAAUAAAAAAAAAUCUACCUACAGUACAUAGGAUCCUGUUAGUACUCCAAAUGCCCCAUUAGUUCUCAUCUGUGGACACAUUAUCUGGAUUCCUGGAACAAAAAGAAAAGAAAACCCUUCGAAGUUGUCUCAAACACAGGCACUGAAGGCAGAAAUGCUAGUAAUGUUGUUGAGGAUGUAUUUAUUGUCAUGUUAAAUGUUGUGAGUGAGUGUGGCCUUAGUAGUACGUAUAGUGAAAUGUGUUACUGUUCCAUGUGUGCUCUCCCUGUUCUCAGUCUGUCUGCUUUUUUUUUUUUUUCUCUCAAGUCAAACUAUCAUUGUAUCGUUUGUGGUCCUCUCCAAAUUCUUCUGUCACUGGAAUUAAUCUGAUGCAGAAAAUGGAGGGAUGUCCACAGGCGAAAAAGAGGGAGAAAAUUCUAAAUAUAAUCAGACGCCAUACAGUGGCUGUUUUUUGUUUUUGUUUGUUUGUUUGUUUUUUAAUGGUUCGUUUAUGUGUGUUUUUUUUUGUCUCUGACAAAACACACAGGGAGUUUUUUAUUGUUUUUAUUUCAGUCGACAGGAACUGUAAAUUCCUGAAUACAAAAUGUCCAUCUGUAAAAUUAGUAUUUUGCUUUUGACGAACAAAAUCCUACAUGUGUGUUUUUUUUUGUUUUUGUUUUUUUAUCUAGCCAAAUUUCAAUAUGGGUAAAAGCUUAAAUUCAUAAACCCAUUAGAAUAUGAUUUCAAGUAUCUUAAGAGAAUGAAGGAUGAUUUUUGCACUUGUGAUUUUGUCACAAAGCACCACUGAAGUCGACCACUCCAUUAGUGUAGUAACGUAGAAAACGAGAGUGUCAACAGGCCGGUUUCAUAGCUUGAAAUCUGUGCCUUGUGGACCUAUAGGAAGCCACUUGACUGGAGGUGCCAGGUGUGCCAAUGUAGCAUUAACCUCUGAUCUUUGACCUUCGGGCUCUGAUGUAUUUAUGUACAAAGUGGUUAAUUUAAUCAAAUAUAGUAUAUUAUGAAUUAUUAUUAUUAUUUUGGAUCUGACUAUUUUUCUAUGUAAGUAAGAGACACCUGGUUGACUGGAACGAUGGCUGUCUACACACAGUGUAGUUGCAGGGGGAUCAUUUAAGUGUUUUAUUUUUUCUUUGCACGCCUAUGCUUUUACACAGCAAACUCAAUGCAUGUCUUUGCUAUUAUUUAAGUUUACUGUCCUUGUCAGUUUGCUUAACUCUAGGUUCACAAGUCUCCAGUUUACUGAAGUACAGUAUUAAACAGACUUGAGUGGAAAAAUGGGCCUGUGACAGAACAAACGGUGAGAUGAGUGAUUCAGACAGAAGUUUUGGGAGUUGAAGGUCUUAAUCGUACUGUAUAAUAUACUAAGAGGUGAUUUAUGAACUUUGGAAAGUUCUUUCAUUUGAGAUCUUAAGUAUGUCUGUCUCACUGAGUUGUGUUGUAACAUUCAUAAUGACUUAUGAACUAACUCCUUAACCUAUUUACACUCAGUGUUCUGUACUGUAAAAUAUUUAUGCAUACAUUAAACUGCACUGAACCCCAUCAGUAUACGAUGAAUAGUGCCAGGUAGUUAGUGUAAAACCAUUUGAUGGCAAAAAAAACAAAAAACAUUGAUGCUCUUUAACUGUACUGUUUUUGUAGUUAAGGAUUAGAGGGACUUUCGUGUAAUUGUAGCCAACAUGUUCUCCAUACUCAUUGUUUUUUCACUUAUUUCAGGUCUUUACAUGGCUGUCAUUUAAAUAUACAGAUAUCACACACUCCCUCCCUCCUCUAUUUUGAUGCCAGUGCAUUCAUAGGCACAGAUUAGCGUAGUGUUAGUGAGGAUAAACUAAACAUGUCUAUGCAAACCAUCCUCCACCAUGACUGUUGACAGUGUGCACUGAUUAUGACGAUCAGAUUGGUGCCAUGGAAAAAUGACAUUCGUGCUUCAGUAGGUCUUUUUCUGAGCACACUUACAAGCCCGUGGACUACAAUAUUUAGUGAGCAAUACAUCCUCGCAGCUCAUGUCUUGACGAUAAUCUCAUUUCUCUUUGUUCAGAGGGGUCGGGAUGUCGGGAAGAUCAAAUUAAUCUCUCACUAGCUUAUGAUUUCCUCUGUGGAAUCAGCACUUACCUCUGCAAUACCGAGGAUGAAUCAAGAAAUUAAUUUCUACUUGGUCCUUCGUGCAUUUCCGCAUUGAAAUCAUCGUUCUUGAUUACAUUUGAUUGGGAAUAACCCCACUGAUGCAAAUAUUUAAAAAAGCUUUUGAGCUGUUUUUCGCCCCAUGCCGUUAUGUAUUUUGUGUUUUUAAGUUUACAUGUCACUCUCUCUCCCUCUCUGGCGAAAGUGAAAUAAAAUCAUAGCUAAUUGAAUUCAUUCCUUCAGAUCUACAACUGAUGUAUUUAAUUGAUGAUGAUAACGACAUUUGUGAUGAGUAAUAAACCAUAAUAUAUUAAAUCAUCACGCUA